UCGGCGUAAAACAGUGGAGAGAAGUGUGCGAACUAAAUUUGCAGGUAUUUUCACUUUUCUUCCUGCUAUUAUUCGUGAAUCUUUCACGACAGCAAUGAAAAAAGUGUUAAUAUUGGUAUCAGUCCUGUUCCUUUUGGCAGGAUCCGUUAGGGCUGAGGAUCAGGUAGAGGAAAAUGUUGGGACUGUGGAAAACGAUCUAGGAGCCAGUCGCGAAGGAUCUCGAACAGAUGAUGAAGUUGUUCAAAGAGAAGAAGAGGCAAUAAAGUUGGAUGGAUUAAAUGUGGUACAGAUUAAGGAGCUCAGGGAUAAAGCUGAAAAAUUUACAUUCCAAACUGAAGUUAAUCGUAUAAUGAAACUCAUCAUUAACUCCUUGUACCGUAACAAGGAUAUCUUUUUGAGAGAGUUGAUAUCCAAUGCAUCUGAUGCUCUGGAUAAAAUUAGGUUGCUAUCUCUCACUGAUAAGAAUGUAUUAGACACCAAUCCAGAGCUAGCAAUCAGAAUAAAAUCUGACAGAGAGAAUAAAAUAUUGAGUAUAACUGACUCUGGUAUUGGUAUGACCAAAAAAGAGUUAAUUAGCAAUCUUGGAACUAUCGCCAAGUCUGGAACUGCUGAGUUCCUAGGCAAGAUGCAAGACACCUCUAACACUCAAGACUUGAAUGAUAUGAUUGGCCAGUUUGGAGUUGGAUUUUACUCUGCUUUUUUGGUCUCCCAUACUGUAAUUGUUACUUCUAAGCACAAUGAUGAUAAACAACACAUCUGGCAGUCUGAUAGUGGUAGCUACAGUAUUGCAGAGGAUCCAAGAGGAGACACAUUAAAGAGAGGAACAACUGUUAGUUUACACCUGAAGGACGAAGCGUUAGACUUUUUAGAAGAAGACACGAUCAGGAAUCUUGUGAAAAAAUACUCACAAUUCAUCAACUUUCCCAUCUAUCUUUGGAGCAGCAAGGUUAUCCAAGUAGACGAAGAAGAAGAGGAAGAGGAAAAAGCGGUAAAAGAAGACGUAAGCAAUAAAGAAGAGACUGCCGAAGAUAAAGUAGACGAAGAGGAAGAUGCAAAAGUAGAAGACGCGGAAGAAGAAAAGAAAACGAAGAAGGUCGAUAAAACUAUUUGGGAUUGGGAGUUGCUGAACGAUUCCAAACCUAUAUGGACUUUGAAGCCGUCUGAUGUCGAGGACAAGGACUACAAUGAUUUCUAUAAGGCACUGACGAAAGAUACCCAAGAACCUCUGGCAAAGAUCCACUUUGUAGCAGAGGGUGAAGUUACAUUCAAAUCGCUCCUCUUCAUCCCCAAGGUUCAACCAGGCGACAGCUUCAAUCGCUACGGCACUAAAGCGGACAACAUUAAGUUAUAUGUUAGAAGAGUCUUCAUCACCGACAAAUUUACAGACAUGAUGGCCAACUACUUGUCUUUCAUCCGUGGUAUUGUCGACAGUGACGAUCUACCACUGAACGUCUCACGUGAAAACCUGCAGCAACACAAGCUCAUCAAGGUAAUCAAGAAAAAGCUGAUUAGAAAAGUACUGGAUAUGAUCAAAAAGAUCCCUAAAGAGGAUUAUGAGAAGUUUUGGAAGGAGUAUAGCACCAACAUCAAGUUAGGUGUGAUUGAAGAUGCUCAAAAUAGAGCUAGAUUGUCUAAGCUCCUGUUGUUCCAGUCCUCCACGCAGACAGGUGCCACAUCAUUGGCAGAUUACGUGUCUAGAAUGGACGAGGUGAAGAAGUCUCCAUUCGUGGAGAGACUGGACAAGAAAGGCUACGAAGUUCUAUAUCUAACCGAAGCAGUAGACGAGUAUGCUCUUUCUGCUCUUCCUGAGUUUGAUGGCAAGAAGUUCCAGAACGUAGCCAAAGAAGGUUUCACGUUGGACGUGGGAGAGAAGGCCAAGGAGAGGAUGGAACAGAUGAAGACCACUUUCGAACCCCUAGUCAAGUGGCUGAACGAUGUUCUGAAAAAUCAUAUCAGCAAAGCGCAGAUAUCCGAACGUUUAACAGACUCUCCAUGUGCUUUGGUUGCCAGUAUGUUCGGAUGGACAGGAAAUAUGGAGAGAUUGGCCAUCUCAAAUGCACAUCAGAAGACUGACGAUCCUCAAAAGACUUACUAUUUAAAUCAGAAGAAAACGUUGGAGAUCAAUCCACGGCAUCCACUUAUUAGGGAGUUAUUGCGUAGAGUAGAAGCUGACACUAGUGAUCAAACAGCAAAAGACAUUGCCCUUAUGAUGUUCAAGACAGCUACUCUUCGCUCUGGCUAUAUGCUUAGAGAGACUGCAAGCUUUGCAGAUAGUGUGGAGCAAUUGAUGAGGCAGACCUUGGGUAUCUCUCUUGAUGAAGUUCCUGAGGAAGAAGAAACACAAGAGGAGGAAUCCGCUUCGACAGAAACAGAUGUAGACUUGGAUUCUGAGAAAAUCAUCGAUAUGGAUGCGAACGAGGAUGAAAAAGACGAUGAAAAGCACGAUGAAUUAUAAUCGAGAAUUAUAUUGCAUAAGAAUAUAAUUUUUAUAGUUGUGUGGCUAUACAAUGUAUAGUGAUACAGUAAUUCACUGGAUAGUGCAACAGUUGUUGCAAAAGAAAAUAUGAAUUGUUGUACAGAGAGACAGAGAGGGAGAGGAAGAGAAUGAGUACUACUUGCUACUUGUUUUUGUAAUAAUAUCGUCGCAAUGACGCAUAAGUGGAUGCAAACAAAAAAUAUUUUGUUCAUUAUGUUUAUAUAGACUCAUAAGUUCCAUUUUUCGGUCAAAAGGAAGAGUUAUAAUUUAUUUCAUUUAAUCUUCCACCGUUUUGUAUAUGUAAUGAAAGAAAAAUUAAUUUUCGACUGAACAUAAGAAAUACACACACCGCGUGCGCGCGCGCACACACACACACACAGAGCGGCGGCCAGCUACUUAAGACCGCUGGCUAGUUAAGGAAAUACACAGUGCUAAUAUUUUAUUCAUUGUAUUUUUCGU